AUGCACGCCGCCCUGCGGCCGGCUGGCCUCGCGCCGGCCGCCGCUCGGAUUCCUCGGGCCUGCGGCGCGCCUGCGGGGCGGGUGCCGCUGAGCGACGGCGCGCUCGCCCAGCGCCGCCGCAGGCUGUGCUGCAGCACAGUGCUCCUGCAGAAGCCCACCUCCCUGCCGUGCGACCCACAUCGGUGCGCCCGCCGCGGCGUGGCCCGCUCGGCUGAUGCGGCGGAUGGGAGCAGCGGUGGUGCGUCUGAUGAGCAGCAGCAGCAGCAGCAGCAGCAGCAGCAACAACAGCAGCAGCAGCAGCAGCAGCAGCAGCAGCAGCAGCAGCCACAUGCAGUUGCGGACGACUCUCCCUCUGCUGCUGCCACCAUCGAUGCAAUCCAGCGGCUCACUGGCAGGGCCACCGGCCCAGAUGCCGCCGCCGCCGCAACAGACACCGCCGCCGCGACCCCCGCCGCAGCGUCGCCGCCGCAGCUGACGCUCCCGCGCAGCCCCGCCGCCGCGCUCGCGGCCGCCUCGAGCGCCCUCUCCGCCGCGCGCGCGCUCGUCGCGCGCGCGUGGGCCGCGCUCGCCGCGCUGCUCCUCUACCUGCCCGCCUGGGUGUCCGCCCAGCGGCUGCGGCAGCUGCGGGAAGCCGCCGACGAGGCCCCCAGCGACGCCGACCGCCAGGCGGCGCUGCUGGCGGCGCUCAAUGAGCAGCGGCGACCCCGGCAGGUGCUCGAGCGGGUGGAGGCGAAGCGGUUUGCCUCGAACAGCGCGGUGGUG